AUGCUGGGGACGCAAAAGCCACUUCGGUACUCUCAAGCUCAUCGCACGCAGCUUUGCGGUCACCUAUGGCCAUUCAAGGCUCGACAUGGGGUUAUCGUCAAUUUCAAGCAAUCGUCGUCCCCGCCCAAGAGUUCCAUGCCACCCAGCGCCGAGUCCAAACCCUUGGAAGGAUCAUUUCAAAAGUCUGUAGAAGUCAUGCUCAACCGGCAUAGCCCUUCCCGCUACCGUAGCGAUUCGCGACGUUUCCUAGGCAAGAACCAGCUCGACCUCAACGUUCUCACCUUUGUUAUCCUCGAUGACAACACCCCUGCAUUCAUUCCUGCUCCCCUGCUCCCCGGCGCAUCCCUCGACUUCCCCCGGAAAGGCGGCUUCAUCUUUGAAGCGCGGUACAUGUACCUGUCUGAGCUGCAGGGGCGCCGGGGUCGUGGAGGCAAUGGUCGCUUGAGCGUGCAGGCGGCAGAACGCGCCGAGUUGUUGCGCGGUGCUCUCCUGAAGUUGCGUACGGCACUGGGGCUUCCACCUCAGGAGGUGCCGUACGCCAGCAGCGGCUGGAUGCGCACGAACAGGUGUCCCCGCUGUCACGGAGUUGGCCGCCUGGCUUGGAGAGCCUGGUUUAGGGUGGUGGUGGCGGUGGCGGGGCUUGCGGACGGAUUGGGUGAGCCGCAUGACUGGGAUGGCCGUGAAGGGGACGGGAUAUGGAAGAGGGGUGGUAAGAGUUGCAAGGAGGCUUCGGUGGUGCACAGUGGCCACGGCGGGUGUAAGCGGGUAAAGGAUCGGCGACUGACAGUGAACUGA